AGCACAUAAACUGCAAGACAUAAGAAACAAUAAUGGAAUCUGAGAACAUUUAUAUACGAAAAAAUGUUAACAGAUCUGGACCUCGAGCACAGAGACGCCACCAAACUGAUGGAAACGCUGGAAAGUGCAGAGGAAGUAGAUGUUUGGUGUUGAUCACAGUGUGUUUCCAGAUUAUUUGUGUUCUUCUGCUGAUCAACAACAUACUGCUGCACAUCACCAUCAGAGCAGAGAGAGACCUGAUGAAGAGUUACAAGAGCAAAGUUGAAGAGUUACAGGAGAAUUACACUGAUCUAAUGACUGAAAAACUGCAGAGCAACUUCAGCUCUUUGAGGCAGAAGAACCUGGAGACCAAAGUUAGAAAUCUUACUGAAGAGAAAAACCAGUUAAAGAGAGAUUUUAACGAGGUGGGCUCAGUUAGUUUUUUCCUAUCCACUGAGUUGAAGAGCUGGUCUGAGAGCAGACAGUACUGCAGGGAUCAUGGAGCUGAUCUGAUCAUUAUCAAGAGUGAAGAGAAGCAGAGGUUGAUAACUUCAUUAACCAAAGAGAGACUGUGGAUUGGUUUGUCUGACACAGAGCAGGAGGGCAUCAUGAAAUGGGUGGAUAAUUCAACACUGAAUAAAGGGUAA